AUGUCGAGCAAAAGAGCGGCGGGUGCUUCACUUUCCACCUCCUACUCUAUCUGGGUUUAUUUAUCCCCAGCAGCCAGACCAAGCAGAAGCAGCUUCCUGGAUCCCGCUUUUCAUCGCCGGGAGCAGCGUGUGGGAGAGAAGCGACCCGAAAACAGCGCCCGGCGGCGGCGACAGCACCCGCUUCCCCCUCGCCUCCCGACAUCCACGCGCCCCCGUUCAAAAGCGAUGGAAGCUGUUGGCAAAGGCAGGCGAAAGGAGGGAGGGAAAGGAAGAGGGAGGCACGGUUAUAAAAUAGCCGCCCUCACACACGCUUCCCUCGGCGCCGUUUCUUCUUCUCCUCUUGCUGCUGAGGGGAACCAGGAGUCACUUCGCUUACACGGGUCAGAAGCAGAAGCAGCAGCAGCAGCAGCGAGAGAUUUCUUUCCCUUGAACCGUUCCUGGAAGAAGCCUCCUCGCCAGGGGAGGAGGUUGGGUUCACUGAGAGCCGCGGCAGAGCGAGCACCAGCCGCCAGAAGCCCCUCCUCGGGAUUUGCUCUUCUGUCUCAUGGCUGGAAGGCAGCGGGAACUCUGCCCGUUGAGCGUCCGCCUCACGGGGCUCCCUCUCGGCCAGGGAAGGUCCUCCGGUCCCUUCGCCUUUGUUCGCCUCGCUCCGUCUCCCCCGGGAAGCCCCUCGCUCCCUGCCUCGUCCUCCGCCGCCCACAAGCCACGCAGCAGCAGCGGCAGCGCGCCCAGGUCGCUUGCGGUCUCUCAGGGUCUCUCCCCGUCGCCUCCCAGCCCGCUUUCUUCUCGGCAGCCGGUGGCGAUGCCUCCUCUCGCCAACCCCAAGCGGCGGCAGCGGGAACGGCCGGCUUGUGCUGCCGCUGCCCUUAUUGUUUUCACUCUCUUCCUCCAACCUGCCCCCGCGCCCUGCGCUGGGUCCCGGCUCCCGACCACGCGACGGCGCGAAAGCGGAGAUUCCCCCGCCACCCUCCAAUGUUCUCCUGCCUCAAGAGGAAGAAGGCUCAAGGUCCAUCUCCCGCCUCCCUCCCUCUCCCACUCUCGAGCGCACGGCCUUCUGGGGAAUGUAGUCCACUGCCUUCCUUCCGCGUGUACAAGACUACAUAG